UUCUGGCAGGGGAACUUGGGUAAAGAGAUGGGAAGAGAUGCUUUGCGGAGCCUGGGUUUGCAGGAGAGCUCUGGGGAAGACCUGAGUUACCCGGCAUGUCUACACAGCAGGCGCCUGCAGAAACGAUGGGGAGCUACCUGCCGUCCACACCACCAUCUUCUCACGGAACUGAGUUUGUGUUGUCAAUGAUUUUCGGGGAAGACAUGUCGGACAAGAUGUCUAGUUUCCUGCACAUCGGAGACAUUUGUUCUCUGUACGCGGAGGGGUCCACAAAUGGAUUUAUUAGCACCUUGGGGCUGGUCGAUGACCGCUGUGUUGUGCAGCCGGAAGCUGGGGACCUGAACAAUCCACCCAAGAAAUUCAGGGAUUGCCUCUUCAAGCUGUGUCCCAUGAACCGUUACUCUGCCCAGAAGCAGUUUUGGAAAGCAGCCAAGCCAGGGGCCAACAGCACCACAGAUGCCGUGCUGCUCAACAAACUGCACCACGCUGCGGACUUGGAGAAGAAGCAGAAUGAGACAGAAAACAGGAAACUGCUGGGGACCGUCAUCCAGUAUGGCAACGUGAUCCAGCUCCUGCACUUGAAAAGUAAUAAAUACCUAACUGUGAAUAAGAGGCUUCCGGCUCUGCUGGAGAAGAACGCCAUGAGAGUGACCUUGGACGAGGCCGGGAAUGAAGGGUCCUGGUUUUACAUACAGCCGUUCUACAAGCUGCGGUCCAUCGGAGACAGCGUGGUCAUAGGUGACAAGGUUGUCCUGAACCCCGUCAAUGCUGGUCAGCCCCUGCACGCCAGCAGCCACCAGCUGGUAGACAACCCAGGCUGCAAUGAGGUCAAUUCUGUCAACUGCAAUACAAGCUGGAAAAUCGUGCUUUUCAUGAAGUGGAGUGAUAACAAAGAUGACAUAUUGAAGGGGGGCGACGUGGUGAGGCUGUUCCACGCUGAGCAGGAGAAGUUUCUCACGUGUGACGAGCACAGGAAGAAGCAGCACGUCUUCCUGAGAACCACGGGCCGCCAGUCGGCCACGUCUGCCACCAGCUCCAAAGCCCUGUGGGAGGUGGAGGUCGUCCAGCAUGACCCGUGCCGGGGAGGAGCCGGAUACUGGAACAGCCUUUUUCGUUUCAAGCAUCUCGCUACAGGGCAUUACUUAGCAGCAGAGGUGGACCCGGAUCAGGACGCCUCUCGAAGCAGGUUGCGCAACGUCCAGGAAAAGAUGGUGUACUCCCUGGUCUCGGUCCCCGAAGGCAGCGACAUCUCCUCCAUUUUCGAGCUGGACCCCACCACUCUCCGCGGAGGUGAUAGCCUUGUCCCCAGAAACUCCUAUGUCCGGCUUAGACACCUGUGUACUAAUACGUGGGUCCAUAGCACAAACAUCCCCAUUGACAAGGAAGAAGAAAAACCCGUGAUGCUGAAGAUUGGCACCUCUCCCGUGAAGGAGGACAAGGAGGCGUUCGCCAUCGUCCCUGUCUCCCCCGCAGAGGUGCGGGACCUGGACUUCGCCAACGACGCCAGCAAGGUGCUGGGCUCCAUCGCAGGGAAGCUGGAAAAGGGCACCAUCACCCAGAAUGAAAGGAGGUCGGUCACCAAGCUGCUGGAAGACCUGGUUUACUUUGUCACUGGUGGAACUAAUUCCGGUCAAGAUGUCCUUGAAGUGGUCUUCUCCAAGCCCAACAGAGAGCGGCAGAAGCUGAUGAGAGAGCAGAAUAUUCUCAAGCAGAUCUUCAAGCUGUUACAGGCCCCGUUCACGGACUGUGGUGACGGCCCAAUGCUGCGGCUAGAGGAGCUUGGGGACCAACGGCACGCCCCGUUCAGACACAUCUGCCGGCUCUGCUACCGGGUCCUGAGGCACUCGCAGCAGGACUACAGGAAGAACCAGGAGUACAUAGCCAAGCAGUUCGGCUUCAUGCAAAAGCAGAUUGGCUACGACGUGCUGGCCGAAGACACCAUCACUGCGCUGCUGCACAACAACCGCAAGCUCCUGGAGAAGCACAUCACCGCGGCCGAGAUCGACACAUUCGUCAGCCUGGUGCGCAAGAACCGGGAGCCCAGAUUCUUAGAUUACCUGUCCGACCUCUGCGUGUCCAUGAACAAAUCGAUUCCAGUGACCCAGGAGCUGAUAUGUAAAGCUGUGCUGAACCCGACCAACGGCGACAUCCUGAUCGAGACCAAGCUGGUUCUUUCUCGUUUUGAAUUUGAAGGUGUUUCUACUGGCGAGAACGCCCUGGAGGCCGGGGAAGACGAGGAGGAGGUGUGGCUGUUCUGGAGGGACAGCAGCAAAGAGGUUCGGAGUAAGAGCGUCAGGGAGCUGGCGCAGGACGCGAAGGAAGGGCAGAAGGAAGACCGGGACGUCCUCAGCUACUACCGGUAUCAGCUGAACCUCUUUGCUCGGAUGUGUCUGGACCGCCAGUACCUGGCCAUCAAUGAGAUCUCAGGCCAGCUGGACGUGGACCUCAUCCUGCGCUGCAUGUCAGACGAGAACCUGCCCUACGACCUGAGGGCGUCCUUCUGCCGCCUCAUGCUUCACAUGCACGUGGACCGCGACCCCCAGGAGCAGGUCACACCCGUGAAGUAUGCCCGCCUGUGGUCGGAGAUCCCCUCCGAGAUCGCCAUCGACGAGAUCAAGGAAUCUGUUGUAAAUUUAGCUAGGAACCUCAUAUAUUUUGGCUUCUACAACUUCUCUGACCUUCUACGAUUAACCAAAAUCCUCCUGGCCAUCCUGGACUGUGUGCACGUGGCGACCGUCUUCCCCAUCAGCAAGAUGGCCAAAGGGGAAGAGAAUAAAGGCAGUAACGUGAUGCGGUCCAUCCAUGGGGUCGGGGAGCUGAUGACCCAGGUGGUGCUGCGGGGAGGGGGCUUUCUGCCCGUGACCCCCAUGGCUGCGGCCCCCGAAGGCAGCGUGAAGCAGGCGGAGCCAGAGAAGGAGGACGUCAUGGUCAUGGACACCAAGCUGAAGAUCAUCGAGAUACUGCAGUUUAUUUUGAACGUGAGGUUGGACUAUAGGAUCUCCUGCCUCCUGUGCAUAUUUAAGCGCGAGUUUGACGAAAGCAAUUCCCAGACUUCAGAGACCUCGUCUGGAAGCAGCAGCCAAGAGGGGCCCAGUAACGUACCAGGCGCUCUUGACUUCGAACACAUUGAAGAACAAGCAGAAGGCAUCUUCGGAGGAAGUGAGGAGAACACCCCGCUGGACCUGGACGACCACGGUGGCCGGACAUUCCUCCGAGUCCUGCUCCAUUUGACAAUGCACGACUACCCACCCCUGGUGUCGGGCGCCCUGCAGCUGCUCUUUCGGCACUUCAGUCAGAGGCAGGAGGUCCUGCAGGCCUUCAAACAGGUUCAACUGCUUGUCACCAGCCAAGAUGUUGACAACUACAAACAGAUCAAACAGGACUUGGAUCAGCUGAGGUCCAUCGUGGAGAAGUCAGAGCUGUGGGUGUACAAAGGGCAGGGCCCCGACGAGGCCAUGGAUGGUGCGUCGGGAGAAAACGAACAUAAGAAAACAGAGGAGGGGAAUAACAAGCCACAGAAGCAUGAGAGCACCAGCAGCUACAACUACAGGGUGGUGAAGGAGAUUCUGAUCCGGCUCAGCAAGCUGUGUGUGCAGGAGAGCGCGGCUGUGCGGAAGAGCCGGAAGCAGCAGCAGCGUCUGCUGCGGAACAUGAGUGCACACGCGGUGGUGCUGGAGCUGCUGCAGAUCCCCUACGAGAAGGCCGAGGACACCAAGAUGCAGGAGAUCAUGAGGCUGGCGCAUGAGUUUCUGCAGAACUUCUGUGCAGGCAACCAACAGAACCAGGCUUUACUGCACAAGCACAUCAACCUGUUCCUGAACCCGGGGAUCCUGGAGGCGGUGACGAUGCAGCACAUCUUUAUGAACAACUUCCAGCUGUGCAGUGAGAUCAACGAGAGGGUCGUCCAGCACUUCGUUCACUGCAUCGAGACUCACGGGCGGAACGUCCAGUACAUCAAGUUCUUGCAGACGAUUGUCAAGGCCGAAGGGAAGUUCAUUAAAAAGUGCCAAGACAUGGUCAUGGCUGAGCUGGUGAACUCGGGCGAGGACGUCCUCGUGUUCUACAAUGACAGAGCCUCCUUCCAGACCCUGAUCCAGAUGAUGAGGUCGGAACGGGACCGGAUGGAUGAGAACAGCCCCCUCAUGUAUCACAUCCACCUGGUCGAGCUCCUGGCUGUGUGCACGGAGGGCAAGAACGUGUACACCGAGAUCAAGUGCAACUCGCUGCUCCCGCUGGACGACAUCGUCCGCGUGGUGACCCACGAGGACUGCAUCCCCGAGGUCAAGAUCGCGUACAUUAACUUCCUGAAUCACUGCUAUGUGGAUACAGAGGUGGAGAUGAAGGAGAUUUACACCAGCAAUCACAUGUGGAAACUGUUUGAGAGUUUCCUCGUGGACAUCUGCAGGGCCUGUAACAACACGAGUGACCGGAAGCACGCAGACUCGAUUUUGGAGAAGUACGUGACUGAGAUUGUCAUGAGCAUCGUGACCACGUUUUUCAGUUCCCCCUUCUCAGACCAGAGCACGACUUUGCAGACUCGCCAGCCUGUCUUCGUGCAGCUGCUGCAAGGCGUGUUCCGGGUUUACCACUGCAACUGGCUGGCGCCGAGCCAGAAAGCCUCGGUGGAGAGCUGUAUUCGGGUGCUGUCCGACGUAGCCAAGAGCCGGGCCAUCGCCAUCCCCGUGGACCUGGACAGCCAGGUCAACAACCUCUUCCUCAAGUCUCACAACAUCGUGCAGAAAACGGCCAUGAACUGGCGGCUGUCCGCCCGCAACGCGGCGCGCAGAGACUCAGUUCUGGCAGCUUCCAGAGACUACCGGAACAUCAUUGAGAGAUUGCAGGACAUCGUGUCGGCGCUGGAGGACCGUCUAAGGCCCCUGGUCCAGGCCGAGCUGUCUGUGCUUGUGGAUGUGCUCCACAGACCCGAGCUGCUCUUCCCAGAGAACACAGACGCCAGAAGGAAGUGUGAAAGCGGCGGCUUUAUUUGCAAGUUAAUCAAGCACACUAAACAGCUGCUGGAGGAGAACGAGGAGAAACUCUGCAUCAAGGUCCUGCAGACGCUCCGAGAAAUGAUGACCAAAGACAGGGGCUAUGGAGAAAAGCCGCCACAAGCUCCGGACCCUGAGAACUCCACAGAGGAGCAGGAGCCGAGUCCACCCCUGAGGCAACUGGAAGACCAUAAAAGGGGUGAGGCGCUCAGGCAAAUUUUGGUCAACCGUUACUAUGGAAACAUCAGACCUUCAGGAAGAAGAGAGAGCCUUACCAGCUUUGGCAAUGGCCCGCUGUCUCCAGGAGGACCCAGCAAGCCUGGGGGAGGAGGGGGAGGUUCCGGGUCCAGCGCCAUGAGCAGGGGGGAGAUGAGCCUGGCCGAGGUUCAGUGCCACCUCGACAAGGAGGGGGCCUCCAACCUGGUCAUCGACCUCAUCAUGAACGCCUCCAGUGACCGGGUAUUCCACGAGAGCAUUCUUCUGGCCAUCGCCCUUCUGGAAGGAGGCAACACCACCAUACAGCACUCCUUUUUCUGCCGGUUGACAGAAGAUAAGAAGUCGGAGAAAUUCUUCAAGGUCUUCUACGACCGAAUGAAGGUGGCCCAGCAGGAGAUCAAGGCGACAGUGACUGUGAACACCAGUGACUUGGGAAAUAAAAAGAAAGAUGACGAGACAGACAGGGAUGCCCCGUCCCGGAAAAAAGCCAAAGAGCCCUCGACACAGAUCACGGAAGAGGCCCGGGAUCAGCUCCUAGAGGCCUCUGCUGCCACCAGGAAAGCCUUCAGCACCUUCAGGAGGGAGGCCGACCCCGACGACCACUACCAGUCCGGGGAGGGCACCCAGGCCGCGGCAGACAAGACCAAGGACGACCUGGAGAUGAGCGCCGUCAUCACCAUCAUGCAGCCCAUCCUCCGCUUCCUGCAGCUUCUGUGCGAAAACCACAACCGGGACCUUCAGAACUUCCUGCGUUGCCAAAAUAACAAGACCAACUACAAUUUGGUAUGUGAGACCCUGCAGUUUCUGGACUGCAUUUGUGGAAGCACAACGGGAGGCCUUGGUCUGCUCGGACUCUACAUCAAUGAAAAGAACGUCGCCCUCAUCAACCAGACCCUGGAAAGCCUGACCGAGUACUGUCAAGGGCCUUGCCAUGAGAACCAGAACUGCAUCGCCACCCACGAGUCCAAUGGCAUUGACAUCAUCACAGCCCUGAUCCUCAAUGACAUCAAUCCUCUGGGGAAGAAGAGGAUGGACCUGGUGUUGGAACUGAAGAACAAUGCCUCGAAGCUGCUCCUGGCCAUCAUGGAGAGCAGGCACGACAGUGAGAACGCCGAGAGGAUACUGUAUAACAUGCGGCCCAAGGAACUGGUGGAAGUGAUCAAGAAAGCCUACCUGCAAGGGGAGGUGGAGUUUGAGGAUGGAGAGGACGGCGAGAACGGCGAGGAGGGGGCUGCCUCCCCCAGGAACGUGGGGCACAACAUCUACAUACUAGCUCACCAGCUGGCUCGGCACAACAAGGAGCUGCAGAGCAUGCUGAAACCCGGGGGCCAGGCCGAGGGGGACGCAGCCCUGGAAUUCUACGCCAAGCACACAGCCCAGAUCGAGAUUGUCAGACUAGACCGGACCAUGGAGCAGAUUGUCUUUCCCGUGCCCAGCAUCUGCGAAUUCCUAACCAAGGAGUCCAAGCUGCGAAUCUACUACACUACAGAGAGGGACGAACAGGGCAGCAAGAUCAACGACUUCUUCCUGCGGUCCGAGGACCUCUUCAACGAGAUGAACUGGCAGAAGAAACUCCGAGCCCAGCCCGUGCUGUACUGGUGUGCCCGCAACAUGUCCAUCUGGAGCAGUAUCUCCUUCAACCUGGCCGUCCUCAUGAACCUGCUCGUGGCCUUCUUCUACCCGUUCCGAGGCGUCCGAGGAGGGACACUGGAGCCGCACUGGUCAGGGCUGCUGUGGACAGCCAUGCUCGUGUCUCUGGCCAUCGUCAUUGCUCUCCCCAAGCCCCACGGCAUCCGAGCCUUGAUUGCUUCCACGAUUCUCCGGCUGAUCUUCUCCGUCGGGCUGCAGCCCACGUUGUUCCUCCUGGGAGCUUUCAACGUAAGUGCAAACACCUUGCUUUUUUGCGUGGCUGACGCCAGGGACCCGGACAGUGACAUCAAGGCCCAGCUCCUGCUGCUGGUCUCCGGGUGUGCACUGGCGCUUCUCGAAGGUUCCACCCUUUUUGAUUUAGUGUACAGAGAAGAGACCCUGCUCAAUGUCAUUAAGAGCGUCACCCGCAACGGGCGGUCCAUCAUCCUGACGGCAGUCCUGGCUCUGAUCCUGGUGUACCUGUUCUCCAUCGUGGGCUAUCUCUUCUUCAAGGACGACUUCAUCCUGGAAGUGGACCGGCUGCCCAAUGAAACAGCUCUUCCAGAAGCCGGCGAGAGCUUGGCAAGCGAGUUCCUGUACUCGGACGUGUGCAGGGUGGAUACGGGGGAGAACUGCUCCUCUCCUGCUCCCNCAUAUUCCCCUGGACUCUGUUUCCCAGUGAAAACAUGGAGUGACAGUAGGAACAGGAGCUACUGCCAAAAUCCCAAGACCUGUGACAAGGAGCUCGACAGAUUUCCUGGUCCAGGAGACCUUUUCGGCUUAGAAAGAGACAAGUUUGACAAUAAGACUGUCACCUUUGAAGAGCACAUCAAGGAGGAGCACAACAUGUGGCACUACCUGUGCUUCAUCGUCCUGGUCAAAGUCAAGGACUCCACGGAAUACACGGGGCCCGAGAGCUACGUGGCGGAGAUGAUCCAGGAGCGAAACCUGGACUGGUUCCCCAGGAUGAGGGCCAUGUCGCUGGUGAGCAGCGACUCCGAGGGCGAGCAGAACGAGCUGAGGAGUCUGCAGGAGAAGCUGGAGUCCACCAUGAAGCUCGUCACCAACCUCUCGGGCCAGCUGUCCGAGCUAAAGGACCAGAUGACAGAACAAAGGAAGCAGAAACAGAGAAUCGGUCUUCUAGGACACCCGCCUCACAUGAACGCCAACCCACAGCAACCAGCAUAAGCAAGUGAGCUACAGCAGCGCGGUUCCCUUCUAAUGCUGAUUAGCGUGGGGUGGCCGCUCAGCCCUGACGCCCCCCCGAAGGGCGCAUUUAUGUUCAGUACAUUUGUAAAUACUCAGUUUUAUACUGUAUGUAUAUGAUUGCUACUCUCCAGGUCUGGAUAUAUGUAUUGUAAUUAGAAUUGUUGGCAUGAUGAAAUUUCAUGUGUGCCAAAAAUAUUAAAUGCUUUUUUUGGAAGGACUAAAGAAAGCACCUGAUUUGCACUUGAACCAGAGUAUAGAUUAAAAACUACAUGACAUGUAUUUUGUAUUUAAAACUAGAAUAGCCAGUAUUUAUGUUUUUUUUUUAUAAAACUGUGCAAUACGGAUUAUGCAAUCACAAUAAAUUUGUAACUCCUGGGUGUCCUAAGGGACUGCACAUCUUUGAAGCUGGUGUUAAAAAUGUAAUAAAUGGUUAUAUAUCAAAUGAUGCUGCUGCCAAAAUCAUACGAAUAGUACGUCUGAGGCCCCUGGGCAUUCUGCAUCAUAGAAUUACCCUGUGCUGAUACGUUUCUCGUGGCUAAUGGCACUAGUGCCUCUGUCUCCUAGUGACAAAGCUCCAAGCCUAUGAACUGUCGAGUCAGCAUUCAUUUUAAGAAAAGCAACUUUAGUUUCAAAGAUACUUUUAAGCUUCUGAAUUGAUCAUUUAAACUAUUUCUUUAAAUAAGAGCUACAUUAGAGGCUCAGACUUGAGCGUGUGAAGUUAACGAAUCUUUUAAAGGGAACUUUUUAUGCAGCGUUUGGGGUACAUGCAUACUGCCGGCCAACCGUGUCAUCAACUAGGUGAGUUCCAGUGUCACAUUAUGAAGGAAUGAAUGAUUGACGGUCCCUAGAGGCCUAGGCCAGACAGGCGAGCUGGAUGCAUUCUUCAUCUGAACAACAUGCUGCCGUAGCUAAGAAGCAACGUGUGAUCCAGAGGAGAUGAAAUACGGUGACCCUGUUUGAGCUCAGAGUUGAACACUGACGUUAUUCUUGUGAAAGAGCCACGUCUUGGUUUUCUUGGUCACGUGAUUUCUUUCAUUGAUGGAUGAAAAGUAUGAAAGGAAACGUGUAUGUCCGUUGCUUCGUUUUGUACAUGGGUCUCAUUUUACAAGAGAAUGUCUCUGCAAAAAAGUUUAAAAAUGUAUUGAAAUCAGAGUUCCAAAAUGAGUCAAGUUUGUAAAUGCAUAUAUAAAAAUACAUAUUUAAUAAAUGAUGCAGAAUCAUACACAGUGA